CCACCCUCAGGUGUGGGCUUUGCUACUAGGCAGGUGGCAUGUAUGACCAAACCUACCACAAUCAUUGAGAAGAAUGGAGACAUUAUCACCAUAAAGACACACAGCACCUUCAAGAACCUGGAGGUCAGCUUUCAGCUGGAGGUGGAGUUUGAUGAGACCACAGCUGAUGACAGGAAGGUCAAGUCCAUUGUGAGGCUGGAUGGAGGCAAACUUAUCCAUGUGCAGAAGUGGGAUGGGCAAGAGACAACGCUUGUGCGGGAACUAAGUGACGGAAAACUCAUCCUGACACUCACCCAUGGCAGUGCAGUGAGCGUUCGAACCUAUGAGAAGGAGGCGUGACCUGCCCACACCAUCAUGGACUGCCCCUCUGCCAACUGGCUCAGCACCACAUUGCCUCAUAUUUUUCCUCUGGCAUUUUAUAUAAAUCUACUUUGGUUGGGGAAUUCUUUGGGGUCAAGUGGCACCAGUCUAGAUCGAGUUCCUCCUCCCACUGUGUAUGUGUUUCUUUUGUUUUCUAAAUGAUAUCCAAAGUACCAAAGGGUACUCUGAGGUCAAUAAAGCAGAACGAAGGCCACCCCAGCA